GACCCUCGGGGCCUGCGUCCCGAGCGUGGCGUCCGCGGCGGCGGCUUGCACGCGUCGGAGCCCGGACGCGCGGGACGAGGACGAGAACCGUGACUCGGAGGACGCGGACAGCGUCUGGGGCUCGGACACCUCCGCGGGGCAGCGGCUGCACUGAUUUUGAACCUGAGUGGCUGGACAGUGUGCAAAAAAGUGGUGAGCUGUUUUAUUUGGAAUUGAGUGAAGAUGAAGAAGAAAGCAUUUUUCCUGAGACAUCGACUGUGAACCAUGUCAGAUUCAGUGAAAAUGAGAUUAUCAUUGAGGAAGAUAAUUACAAGGAAAGAAAAAAGUAUCAACCCAAACUCAAACAGUUUACUAAAAUUUUAAAAGGUGAUGUCCUUGUUGCUGUGAAUGAUGUUGCUGUGACCUCAGAAAACAUAGAGAGAGUUCUGUCUUGUAUUCCUGGACCCAUGCAGGUGAAACUGACAUUUGAAAAUGCAUAUGCUGUGAAAAAGGAAACUAUCCAACCAAGAAAGAAAAAGACACAGACAAACACAAGUGAUUUAGUGAAGCUCUUCUGGGGAGAGGAGGUUGACAGCAUCCAGAAUCCUCCACAUUCUCCACACAUCAUCAUGUAUCUCACACUGCAUCUUGACUCGGAAACCUCAAAGGAAGAGCAGGAAAUUCUGUAUCAUUAUCCAAAGUCUGAAGCAUCUCAGAAACUAAAAAAUGUGAGAGGGAUUUUUCUCACACUCUGUGACAUGCUGGAAAAUGUAACCGGGACACAAGUUACCAGUUCAUCCCUCCUUUUAAAUGGGAAGCAAAUUCAUAUAGCUUACUUGAAAGAGUUUGACAAGUUGUUGUUAAUUGGCCUACCUGCUGAAGAGAUAGUUCCUGAGCAUCAAGGCAUGCAUGGAUUUGUGAGAAAGCGCCCCAAUGCUCCAAGCUCCAGCUCCUUCUCAGAACCUGGAAAGAAAACCCUGUUGUUCUGCAUGGGGCCUUCCCACUGCCACACAUCCAGAGUCAACAACAGCACAAAGGACUCUGCGCUCAGCUCCAAGCCCCAUUCUGGGCUUGCUCUUCUGGAAGGGACAUCGAUUUCCAAAUGAAACCAAAUGGAUUCAUGGAAUCUGAUGUGGUACAAAAAUAAUAAAAUGUGAUACCCA